UCUUCAGUCUCCAAAGCAUUCUCCACGUGUCGUUUUCUCUAAUUUAAGCGCUCUGCUAGCUUAUACAAGAUCCACCGUCGCCCAUCACAGAUCCUGCACCAUCGGCUUCUCGCCGCCACUGCCAUCUUAGUCUGCCGCUGCAGCCAGUCCACUGUCCACCCCCUAUACGGUACACACCACGAUGAUGAUCAUCUCCUGGAUAAAUCGGUUUGCUCUCUGGGUGUUGCUGAUCCUAUUCUUUUCGCCAUGUUGUUGUUUGGGCCAAGAAACCAACACGGAACAACCACCACCACCAAGUGGGAAACUCAGCGUCGAAGAACUGGAAGCAUUGACCGAUCAGGAAUUGGAGCUGAUAUGCUUGGAGCGUGGUUUUGAAUUGAUCCGAGAUGGAUCAGAAGGGGAUCUGACACAUGAUGAUUAUGUCGAAGCAGCAAGACGGUGUCUCGCCAUUGAAGAAGACAUGAAUGAGAUUUUGGAACAGAAUCCAGAGCUGGCAGAAGAGCUAUUAUCAGAACUAGACCGAAUGAAAGACGAAAAGGAGCUGUUAGAGCAACAAGUUGCGCAACAAGAGGCCGAACGAGACAGAUUGGAACAGGAGGUAGCCGAGGCGACAGCAAAAUCUGACAAACAGGCACCCAGAAUGUGGGGUGAUGGGACCGCCUACUCUCAAUACCAGCAACAACAACAAUCAGCAACGGGUCCUGCCUCUAGUACUCCAGUGUCUGGCAGUGGCAGCAAUAGUCAACAAUCUACAGAGACAGCAAAGGACUCGUCGUCGUCGUCAUCAUCAACAGAGGAACCAGACAUGUGUGGCAAUCCAACGACGACAGAAGUGGAUGACAAGGAACAACAACCUGCUACCGACUUUUCGUUAAAGACGUUUGUCCAAGAAGUGAUUGCCGAGUUUGAAAAGGAUGCCAGACGCUUUACAACUCUGAUUUUCCCCGUGGUGAAACCACUGUUUAGUGCCGGCAACUUUGCCUGGCGACAUCUCAAGGUACUGUUUCACGGUGCAAAGGAACAAUUGAAAAAGUACAAGGAAAGCAGCAGCGAUAGUUCCAAUAACAAGGAAGCACAAGCACAAGCAACGUCAACUACAGCUACAAAGACGUAAAUAAAUAGAUCACCGACAGGGGCAACACAGCAGCCAUUGGACACCUAGCUAGCUAUUCAAAUAACCCUUUAAGAAGCUUCGAUUUGGGUGUACGUAGCUACAGCAAAAACUAAUAUGAGUCUUCGCUACUACUACCUACCGGUAGGCAGGGGUUUCAAAACUAUAGAUCAUUAAGAUGUUUU